AUGGCAGCUGCCUCGUCUGCCCACCUGUUUGGACUCGGCAACGCGCAGAUGCAGAUGCAGCCGCCGCCGCAGCAGCAUCAGCAGGUGGCGCUUCCUCCUCCGAACCCGGCAGCGCCGGCACCCAAGAAGAAGAGGAAUCAGCCCGAUCCUGACGCGGAGGUGAUCGCGCUGUCGCCGAAGACGCUGCUGGCGACGAACCGGUUCGUGUGCGAGGUGUGCAACAAAGGGUUCCAGCGGGAGCAGAACCUGCAGCUGCACCGGCGGGGCCACAACCUGCCGUGGAAGCUGAAGCAGAAGAACCCCAAGGAGACGCGGCGGCGGGUGUACCUGUGCCCGGAGCCGACGUGCGUGCACCACGACCCGUCGCGCGCGCUGGGCGACCUCACGGGGAUCAAGAAGCACUACUGCCGCAAGCACGGCGAGAAGAAGUGGAAGUGCGACAAGUGCAACAAGCGCUACGCCGUGCAGUCCGACUGGAAGGCGCACUCCAAGACCUGCGGCACCCGCGAGUACCGCUGCGACUGCGGCACCCUCUUCUCUAGGAGGGACAGCUUCAUCACCCACCGUGCGUUCUGCGAUGCACUGGCGCAGGAGGGUGCGCGGGUGCCGCCCAUCGGCGCCGGCAUGUACGGCACCGGCGGCAUGGCCCUCGGCCUCUCUGGGAUGGCCGCCUCCCAUCAGUUGCACUCCUUCCAAGACCAGGCCCACUCCUCGGCCACCACCACCAUUGGCAGCAAUCCGGCGGCGCAGUUCGAGCACCUCAUGCAGUCGUCAACCGGCUCCCACGCGUUCCGCGGCGCGCAACCGACAUCAUCGUCUUCCUCUCCGUUCUACCUCGGCGGCGCCGAGGACGGCCAUCAGAGCCAGCCCAGCCACACCUCUCUGCUCCACGGCAACAAGCAGGCCUACCACGGCCUGAUGCAGCUGCCUGAGCAGCACCCGCCGGGGAGUAACGGCCUCCUCAACCUGGGUUUCUUCUCGGGCGGGAGAGGCGGACAGGACGCCCGCCUCGUGUUCCCGGACCAGUUCAACGGCGCCGUGGGCGGGAACGUCCGCGGCGACGGCAGCGAGCACGGCAACAGCGGCGCCAACAAUGAGUCAGCGGCCAUCUUCUCCAGGAACCUAUUGGGAAACCAAAUGGCAAGCAGCGCCGGUUUUUCUUCUUCCUUGUACAACUCGUCCGAGAUCGUCGCGCCGCCGCAGAUGUCAGCGACGGCGCUGCUGCAGAAGGCCGCUCAGAUGGGCGCGACAACGAGCAGCGGCAACGUGAACUCUCUGCUCAGGGGGCUUGGUAACGGCGGCGGCACCUUGAACGGGAGGCCUGCCGGAGCAGCUGGGUUCAUGGCCGGGGAGAGCUCCUCGUCGAGGAGCACUUCCCAGGCCGAGAACGAGAGCCAGUUCCGGGACCUGAUGAACACGCUCGCAGCGUACGGGAGCGGAGCUGGCACAGCGUUCAGCGGUGGCUUCCCGGGCAUGGACGACAGCAAGCUGAGCACGAGAGACUUCCUCGGCGUCGGCGGCGGCGUCAUGCGGAGCAUGGGUGGCGCGGCGGGGCUGCCGCUGCGGCACGGUGCCAUGGGCAUUGGCAUGGGAUCAUUGGACCCAGAAAUGAAGUAG